GAGCAUGUCCUAACUCACAAAGCAGCUCAUUUUUUGAAAUUUGUCUGCUUUCAUAAAAAUUACCUUUCAUUGCCUACCUCAUUAUUACCAAGGAGGUCACUAUGCCCUAAGAGGCAAACGUAGACAAAAUGAGACAGCUUUUAUAUGGGGCUUUUUCAUGUGCAAUAUAUACAUCAAAACCAAAAUUGAAAGAUUAGCAUCAGCUAUGGAUGUCCACAAGAUUCCCAUACAAAAUGUGACAGAAGCUACUGUUUUCAUACUCUUGGGCUUCACAGAUGACUUUGAACUGCAGGUCUUCCUAUUUUUACUGUUUCUUGCUGUCUAUCUUUUCACUCUGAUAGGAAACUUUGGACUGGUUGUUUUGGUCAUUGGGGACUCUCGGCUACACAACCCCAUGUACUAUUUCCUCAGUGUUUUGUCUUUCUUGGAUGCCUGCUAUUCUACAGUUGUUACCCCCAAAAUGUUGGUCAACUUCCUGGAAGAAAAUAAAUCAAUUUCAUUCCUUGGAUGUGCAACACAGAUGCUUCUCUUUGUUACUUUAGGGACCACAGAAUGCUUUCUGUUGGCAGCAAUGGCAUAUGACCGCUACGUAGCCAUCUACAACCCACUUCUGUAUGCAGUGACCAUGUCACCCAGAGUCUAUGUGACACUCAUUAUUGCUUCCUAUGCUGGUGGAGUUCUGCAUGGUGCAAUACACACAGUGGCCACUUUCAGUCUGUCCUUCUGUGGAUCUAAUGAAAUUAGGCAUGUCUUCUGUGACAUACCUCCGUUGCUUGCUCUUUCUUGUUCUGAUACACACACAAAUGAGCUUCUCCUAUUAUACUUGGUGGGUUUGAUUGAGAUCAUCACCAUCCUGAUUGUUCUGAUCUCCUACGGAUUCAUUCUCUUUGCCAUUCUGAACAUGCAUUCUGCUGAGAGUAGAAGAAAAGUGUUCUCUACAUGUGGCUCCCACCUCACUGGAGUGUCUAUUUACCAUGGUACAAUCCUCUUUAGUUACAUGAGGCCAAGUUCCAGUUAUGCUUCAAAUCAUGACAUGGUAGUGUCAAUAUUUUACACCAUUGUGAUACCCAUGUUGAAUCCUAUAAUCUACAGUCUAAGGAACAAAGAUGUAAAAGAUGCAAUGAAGAAAUUAUGGAGAAAUUUUGGUUCAUAAAUAAUAUGCACUUUAAAAAAAUGACAGAACAAAAUUAAGUUGUUAAUACAAAUCUACAUGAAAUGUACAUAGUUGCAAAUU